ACUUGUUAUUAUGUUAACGGUUUUAACCUUUUUAUUAUUCAUCUUCCUACUUUUCGUUUAUAUAUAGUAUUAAAUUUAAUUCGCCAAACGACCCAAAACAGUACGUUUGCUGGUUGGUGUUACAUAUAUACGGGUGAUAUAUAUAUUAUCGUCCCAUAAUUUUUUUUCUGUUCACUACGUUGUCGUGUUAAAUUGAUCCAUCGAGUUGCUUUAAUUUCCUCCUUAUUUGCUUCCUUUUUAUUAGUGGCUAUUGAGAGCUCACACAUUCGUGUGGCCGAGAAAUAAUAUGAGGACUCGACGGGGAAGGCGGUCAGAUCAGGCAUUUUGGCCUUCCCUGGUUAUGAAGAAAUGGCUUAAUAUUAAGCCGAAGGAGUAUGAAUUUAGCGAGGAUGAUUUCGAUACUGAGACUGAAAGCGAAGAUGAUCGUGAUGCAUUUACUUACAAGGAAUCCAACCUCAAGGAUUCUAAAGACCUUUUACAUGGACCUGAAAGAAUUCCAUCCCAAUCUAUGAGUACAGAUCAAAUUACAGACAAAUUACCUACUGAACGUGCUUCUCAAUUAAGACACAGAAGAGGAAUUUCCGAAACGCUUCGAGUUGAAUACAUGAAAACUAAAGAUGUGAGAGUGACAAUUGGGACAUGGAAUGUUGCGGGUAGAUCUCCAUCUGAUGAUGGUCUUGACAUAGAUGACUGGCUUUGCAUGGAAGAACCAGCAGAUAUCUAUAUUAUUGGUUUUCAAGAGGUAAUCCCUCUGAAUCCAGGAAAUGUUCUAGGAGCAGAGGAUAACAGGCCAAUUUUAAAAUGGGAAUCAUUCAUCAGAAAAACCCUGAACAAAACUUCUGAACCUGAAAUAGACUACAAAAGUUACAGUGCACCCCCUUCUCCAAUCUUAAGGGCAUCCUCUACAUUAGACGGUCUAGCAAUCGAGGUUGAUGUCCCUUCACUCGGUCUAGCUAACGAGGAAUCCUUAAAGAAACCGAACCAUGAUCUUGACUUGGGAAGACAUGAACUUACAGGAAAAUACAGUGAAGAAACAAAGGCCUUAAUUAAAAGGAUUUAUGGAAUUGACAGUGACAGAAGGAUAGAUUGGCCUGGACAUUCAUUAGUCACAGUGCCUUCUAAUCUGUCUUCAUCUUCAACUCUCAAGUUACGCCGAGUUUUGAGCAGUUCAGGAAUGUCAGGAGUCUCAUGGAUGGGAAAUCCUUUAAGUUUUGAUCCUAACUUGAUACCGAAUAAUGGAGGGUUAAAAAGGAUUCAUCCUAGUCUCGCGAAUUUGCUGAUUGAGGAACAGCCUGAGAGGUCUGAAGACUCUCAUGAUUCUGCAUCAGAUGCUUCUGGUGAAUUUUCUGCAGAAGAAGAUGAUUCUUUAUAUGGGUUACCAGAGGACAGUCCACCUAGUUUCACAAAUGGUAAUACUCGUCGUAAGUAUGUUCGAAUUGUCAGCAAGCAGAUGGUUGGUAUAUAUGUUUCUGUUUGGGUUCGGAAGAAGUUGAGAAGACACAUUAGCAACUUGAAGGUCUUUCCUGUUGGUGUGGGUUUUAUGGGUUACAUGGGAAACAAGGGCUCAAUAUCAGUUAGCAUGUCUCUGUAUCAGUCGCGUAUGUGCUUUGUUUGCUCUCAUCUAACUUCUGGUCACAAGGAUGGAGAUCAAAAUAGACGCAAUGAUAAUGUAUAUGAGAUCAUUAAACGUACGCGAUUCACAUCAAUCGUUGAAGAUAAUCAGCCACAUAAUAUUCCAUCUCAUGACCAAAUAUUCUGGUUCGGCGAUUUGAAUUACCGUCUCAAUAUGUCAGACCAUGAGAUAAGAAAGCGUGUUGCUAAGAAAGAGUGGAAUGAGCUCAUCAAUAGUGAUCAGCUAAGCACAGAGCUUCGCAGUGGGCAUGUUUUUGAUGGAUGGAAGGAGGGUCCUAUAAAUUUCCCGCCUACAUACAAAUAUGGCAUCAACUCGGAUAGAUAUGUUGGCGAAAACCCAAAAGAAGGGGAGAAGAGGAGAUCACCAGCAUGGUGUGACAGGAUACUGUGGUCAGGAAAGGGCAUAAAACAGCAUUUCUACAGAAGAGCAGAAAUAAAGAUAUCAGAUCACCGUCCUGUUAGUUCCUCGUUCUCAAUCGAAGUUGAAGUUUUAGACCCAAGAAAACUACAAAGAACUCUACAUUACAACACUGCAGCAAUACAUCCAGAGGUCUUUCCUGAUGAGGACGAGAUCUUUUAGUGUUCGGAAAUAACAGGGUGAACAUUGUUUAGAAGACUAAUUAUGUAAUGAUAUACUGUAAAUGGGAGAGUUCGGAUCAGUGAUCAGUCAUCUGACUAGAGAUUUUCGACAUUCUCCUGGACUUAUAGUUGAAAUCUGUUGCGUUGGGUGUGUGAUCGUUGUUAAGGACAUAAAAGAAAAAAAAAAUCAUAUAAACAAAGGUGUGAAUUGUGAGGUAUGUUGUGUAAUGUUUGAUUAUACAUACUUAUAUAGCGCACAGUUCUCACAUAAUUAGCAGUUUCGUUUAAAGCAAUCAAAAAUUGUACAGCAAAAAGUUAUAGAAAUUCUUUUGUUUUAGAAAGUAACAUAAAUAAUGUACUUGAGUAGUAUGCAAGUGCACCAGUUUUGUAAAAUCUGUGCUACUUGUGAGCUUGUAUUAUAUAUAUAUAUAUCGUUUGUUCGUUCUUGGUUCGA